AAAGCCAGUGUUUCAUUCGUUCCGCGACUUUCGAACUGUGAAGUUGACUCUCUGGCGCGUUUCCCCCGCUUUUGGCCAAAACUCGUGACUGAUCGAAAGAGAGCAAGUCUGAAACCAGCUUAGAGCGAGAAGACAAGUCUGUGGAGACUGCAGCUCAGCAUCCGCGUUGGCCGUGCAACUGAAAGAAACGGCGAUAGUUGUCUUUUCGAUUUUUUGGAGCCUCUUCGCCGCGCUCUCUCUCUGGUUAUCUGGAGAAAGAUUGAGAUCUUGGAGCGCACACCUCUUGAGAAACACUGUAUAUUACUGUAUCGCGCGCUGGUAGGGUGUGGUGCUAAAAAAAAAGACUCAAUUCCUAAGAUGUGGCGCCCGAGUAUCUUGGCUAUCCUGGCCGUUUUCAUCCAGACAGCGACGGCCCAGCGAACGCCCACCAUAUCGUACAUCACGCAGGAGCAGAUCAAGGAUAUCGGCGGAACCGUGGAGUUCGACUGCUCCGUUCAGUAUGCCAAAGAGUACAAUGUGCUGUUCCUGAAGACGGACAGCGAUCCCGUCUUCCUCUCCACGGGCUCCACGCUGGUCAUCAAGGACUCGCGCUUCUCGCUGCGCUACGAUCCCAACUCCUCCACCUACAAGCUGCAGAUCAAAGACAUCCAGGAGACGGACGCGGGCACCUACACCUGUCAGGUGGUCAUCUCGACGGUCCACAAAGUGAGCGCCGAGGUGAAGCUAUCGGUGCGGCGACCCCCGGUCAUCUCGGACAACUCCACGCAGUCGGUGGUGGCCAGCGAGGGCAGCGAAGUGCAGAUGGAGUGCUAUGCCAGCGGCUAUCCCACACCCACCAUCACCUGGAGGCGCGAGAACAAUGCCAUUCUGCCAACUGACAGUGCCACCUAUGUGGGCAACACCCUGCGCAUCAAGUCGGUGAAGAAGGAGGAUCGCGGCACCUACUACUGUGUGGCGGACAAUGGAGUGAGCAAGGGCGACAGGCGCAACAUCAAUGUGGAAGUGGAGUUCGCCCCGGUGAUCACCGUGCCGCGUCCUCGCUUAGGACAGGCCCUGCAGUACGACAUGGACUUGGAGUGCCACAUCGAGGCCUAUCCGCCACCGGCCAUCGUUUGGACCAAGGACGACAUCCAGCUGGCCAACAACCAGCACUACAGCAUCUCGCACUUCGCCACCGCCGACGAGUACUCCGACUCGACGCUCCGCGUGAUUACCAUCGAGAAGCGCCAGUACGGAGAUUAUGUCUGCAAGGCCACCAAUCGCUUUGGCGAGGCUGAGGCUCGCGUCAAUCUCUUCGAGACGAUCAUCCCCGUGUGCCCACCCGCCUGCGGACAGGCGUACUUUGCCGGAGCCGAGGAUGUGGCAGCCACCUCGUUCGCCCUCGUCGGCAUCCUGGCGGCGCUCCUCUUCGCCAGAUAAGCCAACUCCAAAACCAUCAACCAGCCCUCGAAUGCAUAAACAUAUAUAAAGUAGAUAUAUCGAAAACCACAUCGUAUAACCGCGCAAUAGACGUCUCAAAAAUAAUUACCCAUCAUCUCCAGUUUUUGUAGCUUCCAUUUACGUUUCCGUUUAGUCCAGCCCAAUUUUCGUACGUCCAAUAUUAUGUCUUAAGUUAAGUAUGCUAAGUGAAGGGCCAACGAUAACUAGAACUAUAAUUUAUUAGCACCUUAGCGCCGAAACUCAAUUCGAAAUUCGAAUCCCGUCCGUUUUGCUUUCUGAUCUGGCACUGUAUAUGUUUUAAAUAAUUUUAAUCUAAGCAAGAUACAUCACAGGCAUUCCGAUUUUGCUUCGACAAUUGAGAGAAUAUUUUAUUUUUAUUUAAUAAAUAAUAAAGUAUUUUCGUUACGCAAACCUGACAACUCGACAAACUAUCCCGUAAAAAGAAACCCCCCGAAAAUCGAGGCAAAAUCCAUAUUCGAAUAAAAGGCAACAAAAGUUGUGUACAUUAUUAGCUCUUAAGCACAAUGAGAAAUUCUUUUGAAUAACAAGACAUUUUUACCCAAAUUUUUGUGUGGGUGUGAGUAAAAUCCAUUUCGACUUUGUAAUAAAAAAACGAGAAAAACACAAAACAAAAACGAACAAAAAAAUCAAU